UCUUUCACUGAGCUCUCCAAACUUUAGCAAAACAUUAAAAGGUGCGUGUUGCACAGGCUGCAUGUAAAAGGUAUUUGUUUGUUUCUUUUCAUGCAGUGUCUCUGAUCUGCGUGGGUUGUCAGCAGCUGCACAGAUGUGACUGCCCUGAUGGUGUUUACGCACAGAAAUGAGUGAAUUGUGUUUUUCCCUCCCUCGUGGUCUCGUGGUUUAAAACAGCAGAGAAAAGUGUGCGCACGUGAAGAGCAUUCACCUGAACGCAGGUAUGCCACCGAGCUGUCAGCUGUUUUUAGUCAUCAGCAGGUGAACGUGGUGGGUUAGUUCAGACCAGGCUGGACUUUGAGCUGUUCUGUAGCUGAACAGACUCACAGUUGUGAAGCAACACUCAGCUUAAUAAUUCCCUGAGGCUCCACUGGACCAACGUAAAAACCAAUAAACACCUGAAUUAUUACCUGUCAGGCUCAGUCUGGACAUAAGGAGACUCCCUUCAUCUGCUCAAAGUCUUGCUGCUGCUGCAGAAACAUGUCCUCAGGCUCUUUGGGCAGACGACUGGUGGCGUGUCUCCUCAAUGUUUCCGAGGCUCGCAGGAAAGACCUGGUGGAGACUGUGGCCAAGGCGGCGUUGUACAACGCUGAAGGUGUGAGACGGGAGGGCACCACAGUGCUGAACAUCUUUAACGAUCAUGACUACAACCGCUCUGUCAUCACUAUUGUGGCCACGAUCGACUCAAUCAGGGAGGCGAUUCUGUCUGCGUGCCAGGAAGCGUGUGGGCUGAUCGACAUGCGCACUCACACGGGGGUACACCCAUGCAUGGGCGCCGUUGACCUCGUACCCAUCUACCCCCUGGGGGAGGAGGUGGGAGUGGAGGACUGUGCUAAAGAGGCUCGGGCUGUGGCUCAGGGACUGACGGAGACGGUCCCGGGCACCAGCGCCUUCCUGUUCGGCUGGGCGGACUCCCCCCUGCAGCGGGGACUGGCGCGCAGGAGGAAGGACAUGGGCUGGUUCAAGAAGACGCCAGACCUGCAGGAAAUCAGGCCCGACAUGGGUCCACAGCCGCAGAGACGGUUCGGCCUCACAGGUGUCGGGGCCAGUCCGUACGUCAUGAACUGCAACGUCACCAUCGACACCCAGGACAUCGCCAUGGGCCGCAGCAUCGCCACAGCCAUCAGGGAGUCGACCGACGGGGGCCUGCCUGGUGUACAGGUUUUGGCUUUGCCACAUGAGGGUGCUGUGGAAAUUGCUUGUAAUGUAGAAAGUGUAAAAGGAAACACGCCCAGUCACCUGAGUGCGGGUGGACCGUGGCCGUCUUUCAGCAUCGAUGGUCAGCCGUACUGUCACGCUCCAGCUUCCCUUAUCACAGCCAGGGUCGCUGAGCUGGCAGGGAGGCAGGGGGUCACCACGAAGGGCACCGCUCUGGUGGGGUUCACCCCCCGUGAGUGCAGGGGUUUAGCAGAGCUCGCGCUGUCUCAAGGGAUUGCAGAGUUCUGGAAAGAACAACGCAGAAUCCGUAUGUGAAAAAGACUCCUCGCCAAAACCUGUGAAACCUCACACAGAAGUAGACAAUGUUUACUUCAGCUACCUCAACAAAUGUCUGGUUAUAAGGCCUCAGUUUCCAUUUCUAACUCUGUCAACCUUUCCACUGUGGCUCUACACAAAUCUACUGUACAGCAGAGGCAGGUUUGCUCUUCAUAGUAAUGUUGGAAUUAGUAGGUCUUCACACAGUAGAAGGCAAAAUUG